AUGAGUGGGUUUUCCAACUUUAAACUCGGCUUAUUUGCUCGAAUAGGCGCGAAGUUAAUGUUGUUUCUUUUUUUCUUUUUUCAUAAAUGUUUUCUAUUUAUUUAUUAUCUUUUUCUUUCGUUUUUUCUUUUUUUUCCUCUCCUUCCUUUCUAUAUUUUCACCAACCCUUUCUUUUCUUUCUUUCUUUUCUUUCUUUUUUUUUUUAUUUUUUUCUGUUUCUUUCUUUUCUUUCUUUUUCUUUCUUUCUUUCAUCUUUUAUUUUCUUUUCAUUCUUUUUUCUUUUUUUUCAAUUUUUUUAAAAAAAUUCAUUUUGAUUUUUUUUCCGAACACAUAAACAAGCCUGAUUUAUUUCUUUUAUUUUCUUUCUUUUCAUUUCUUUUUUUCUUUCUUUUUUUCUUUAUUUUCCUUUUCUUUCUUUUUUCUUUCGCUUUUCGUUUUUUUCUUUCUUUCUUUCUUUCUUUCCAUUUCUUUCACCCAUUUUUUUUUUUCUUUCCUUUUUUUCCUUUUCUUUCUGUUUUUCCUUUCUUUUCUUUCUUGUCUGUCUUUCUUUCUUUCUUUCAUUGUCAUUUUGAUUACUUUUUCCAUUCUACACAUAAACACAAAGCCACACGUGUUUUCUUUCUUUCUUUUCUUUUCUUUUUUUUCUUUCUUUUAUUUCCCUUUUUUUUCUUUUUUUUUUCCUUUCUUUUCUUUCUUUCUGUCCCUCUUUCAAUUUUCUUUUCUUUCUUUCUUUAUUUCUUUUUUUCUUUAUUUUCCAUAUUUUCCUUUUUUUCCUUUUUUUUUUUAAAAAAUACGGUUUUUCUUUUGUCUAGUCUUUCUUUUCUUUCUUUAUUGUCAUUUUGA